AUGAAACCAGGGAAUGGUACAAGAAUUUCAGCAUUUAUUCUUCUUGGACUUUCAAAGGAACCAGAAUUGGAGCCCCUCAUAUUUGGGCUCUUCCUCUCCAUGUACCUGAUCACUGUGUGUGGAAACCUGCUCGUCAUCCUGGCCACCAUCUCAGACUCCCACCUGCACACCCCCAUGUACUUCUUCCUCUCCAACCUGUCCUUCGUAGACAUCUGUUUCACCUCCACCACCAUCCCAAAGAUGCUGCUGAACAUCCAGACACAGAGCAAGGUCGUGACCUAUGCAGGCUGCAUCACCCAGAUGUUCUUUUUCAUACUCUUUAUAGGGUUGGAUGACUUCCUUCUGACCGUGAUGGCCUAUGACCGGUAUGUGGCCAUCUGUCACCCCCUGCACUACACGGUCAUUAUGAACCCCAAGCUCUGUGUAUUGCUGGUGCUCACGUCCUGGAUCCUGAGUGCUCUGCAUUCCUUGAUGCAUAGCUUAAUGGUGUUGCAACUGUCCUUCUGUACGCACACCGAAAUCCCCCACUUUUACUGUGAACUUAAUAUGGUGGUCCACCUUUCCUGCUCUGAUCCCUAUCUUAACGACAUGUUAAUGUAUUCUGCAGCUGGACUGCUGGGUGGUGGAACCCUCGCUGGGAUCCUUUACUCUUACUCUCAGAUUGUUUCCUCCAUACUUAGAAUGUCAUCAACUCGGGGGAAGUAUAAAGCCUUUUCCACCUGUGCCUCCCAUCUCUCAGUUGUCUCCUUAUUUUAUGGUACGAGUCUAGGAGUAUAUCUGAGUGCUCUUGACAGUCAAAAUUCACACUCAAGUGCAACAGCCUCAGUGAUGUACACUGUGGUCACGCCCAUGCUAAACCCUAUCAUCUACAGUCUGAGGAAUAAAGACAUAAAGAAAGCCCUGGGUGACCUACUGGGAAGGAAACCAUCAUAG